AUCUCCGGCCUGCUCCGUCUUUUAACUAGAUUCGCCUCCCAUUCCAUCCAUCUUAAACCCCUUCCUACGCUCUAUCAUCAUCUGCCAUCUAUAUCUGUUGUGUUGGUGCUAUACAUUCGGUGUUAUGAUUCUCUACGCCUGGUUCUCCACUUGGUUCAACUGAUGCGCAAAACUCUUUCUUGACAGGGGCCGCUUCAACCAACCGCUGACCAUCUGAACGCCCUCGCGGAAGCAAACGAAAGGAACUUUUGACCCCGUUCGCUUCUUUAUCCCCGGUUCUGGUGUUGAAACACUCAAGUCGGCCGGAUGCCAUACACUGCGCCGCUGAAGUCGACGCUUUCCGCGCAGCACAUUGAAUACUCCGACCCUAUCUCCCAAUCCUGUCCCAGCUCGCCCACGCUGGCUGGCCCCCAAGAAGGACGCCCGCAUCUUUCCCGUUUCUACAACUCGACGUCGUAUCUCCGCAAGCAUCGGAGAAGCUCGUCCAACAGCAAGAACUCGAUUGACAAACCCUUCAAAGUCCAUCAUGCAUUUGACCCCCAUGGCAGUGUUCGACAGUCCCCUCCUCCCGUAAGUGAGGCCCUCAUGCCCCCCGGAGCGAUCAUCUCUCCGCCGGAGUCCGCUCCCAAUUCCAGCGACGAGGAGGCUCCGUAUAAGCAUCGAGAUGGUCCUCGAUUGGAGGAACUAGAGGCCGCGGUGAGGUCCAUUGAGCAACGAAGAGUUUCUUCUCCCGAGCGCCAACCGAACGAGAUGCCUUCCUCUAGUGUGACUCCCACACUCAAUGCUCCCAAGCCACCUACGCGCCCACCUCUAUCCAAGGAAGCUCGCAAGAUUUCCCACUCGCGGUCAUUCACGGAGAAUGCUAUCGCACAUCGCCAAGAAGAGUCCGCACUAACAAGCUCGCCUGAGGAGAGCGAUCGUGAUGAUGAACCACAACCCAAACACCCAAUGGUGCGGAAGAAGUCGGGGGAGCUUGUGAGACCCGCUCUACGGCCAGCUUCGGCUCGGAGGCGCCCUUCAAGCAUGCCAGGAACUCCAACUUAUUCCAAGGCGGUUCAUUUCGACUCUCAGCUUGAACAUAUCCGUCACUUCUUGCAAUUGGACAAACCACAGGCGGUUAGCACUGGCACCUCGCCCGUCGAAGAUUUCGAGGCGCAAAGGGAAUUCCCGUUCAAAAAGGAAGGCUCUUCCGAUGGAUCAUCGUUAGAAUGGGGAUUGCAUCUUACCAAUUUCCCUAAAGACACUGCCGCCAGGUCGCAGCAGCGAGUUCGCCUGGAGCGACUGUCUCUCUCAUCCGACAAGAGCACCCUAAUUGGCGUGGUUGCGGCGGCAAAUCUAGCAUUCGAAAAGCAUGUCGCCUCUCGUUUCACUUUUGAUCAUUGGAAGACAGUCUCGGAGGUCCAUGCGGAGUAUGAUCAGGGUGCAAACCGCAACCAAAAGUACGAUGGAUUUGAUCGAUUCUCAUUCAGCAUCAAGUUGAACGAUCAGGCCAAUCUGGAAAGGAAGACCAUGUUUAUCUGCAUCCGCUACAGUGUCAAGGGCUGCGAGUACUGGGACAAUAACCAGUCCAGGAAUUUCCAGGUGAAUUUCCUUAAAAUCCCCAAAGCGAAACCUUCACCCCCCAGCCCCCAGCCGGCACCGACCGUGGCAUCACGCCCAACUCUUCCACGGAGCAGGACUUUUACCCACUCCGGCGUCCGCCCUCAGUCGGUGCCCUCGGCCUUUGAUGACUUCUCAAGCUUGAAUGAUUCCCUGUCCUUCGGUCGGCCUUCGAAGGAAUCUAAGAGCGUGACAUUGUGCGAAGAUCCUUCCCACGACCUUGAGGCCCCGCCUCCUAUCCGCCGGGAAAAGCAGUCUCACCAGAUGUUUGGUAACCGCUAUGACUUCGAGGCAUCCUUGUCCGCGGUCAUGCGGACCAAGCCCGAGCUCGAUCGGACAACCUUGACUGCUCGAGCGAAGUCUGGGCGAUCUGCAACUCACGGCGAGAAACAAUAUCAGCCCAAGGGGAGAGGCGCUGAUAGUCAGAAAGACAUGUCAGUUGGCGAGAAGAAACCCCAAUCAGGGCAUAGAGAAGAAUCUAAACCUUCUACCCUAGCUUUCGGCAAACCGCACCGCGAGUCAUCGACCUAUAAGGAACUUGUCGAUAGAUACUGUUUCUUUGGGUCUUCAAACUCCAAUGAUUCCGGGCCUUCGGGGUCCGAAAACGACGAGCCCGGCGCCCGGAAGGAUUCAACCGAUUCUUCCAAUCCACCAUCACCGAAAUCCUCCCCGCUUCCGUCACCUCUCAUGGAUGUGACGAAGAUCAGCGGCCGGAGUUCCUCCUCUUCUCCCAAACCAUUUGCCUACAACCACCAUCAACCGGUCCAGAACCGAUUUCUUCAGGAAACACAUACACCGACAGCCAUUCGAGGAUAAGCAUCGUGUGUCUUGCACAAUUCGAUCUUGUCUUGCUCGAUAUCGAUUCAAUUCAUAUGAAUCGACUUACCAGCAUUGCUUGUGCCGUGCAGCGUUUUGUUGUAAAACGCAACC